AUGAAGAUCGAAGGAAUGGAGGACGAGAUUACCGCUGAUGAGAAGCCAUCGUGGAUCCAGUCUCAGUAUGCCAAAUACGUACCCAUUCUGAAGAGAUCUAAAGAUGACACCUCUAAACAAGGUCGCAGUUCUUCGGAAACCUACUCUGGGCUCCAGGCGAAGCAUGAGGACCAAAAUGAAGAUUCUGUUCAUCUCCCUGAAGAAGUCACCAUCAAAGGGUCCAAUGAAACCGUCUUGAGUUAUUUUAUCAAAUUAUCCAAAGAUGAAGAUCAGCUGAUUCAUUUUGAAACCAUCGAACAGCUCCUUUCCAAAGGCUCUGAUGUGAAUGAGGUUGACAAGCAUGGACAGACAGUCAUGCAUGAGGUAGCCAAAAGCUGGCAGAUUGAAGUUGCCCAGUUCUUGAUUGAGCACCAGGCUGAUGUAAAUAAGGCGGACAACUAUGGCGUCACCCCGUUGCACGUAGCAGCUGCUGUGGAUUUUUCGGAUAUGGUCACCUUUUUACUAAAGCGAGGAGCCAACAUUCAUGCUGUAACAAAAGCAAAGCAGAUGCCGCUUCACUAUGCUGCGAAGUAUGAUGCAACCAAUACCUUGAAGAUUCUAAUAAAGAAUAAUGCUGACGCCACUGCUCGGGAUCACAAACACCGCACACCCCUUCACUUGGCUGCAGGACUCGAUCGCAGUGAAGCCGCUCGCCUGCUCCUAAAUCUCAAAUGUGAUGCAAGUGUUCAGGAUGACACUGGUCUGUCAUGUCUGACAAUGAUGGUGUUAAACAUGCCACCCGUGGCAUCUCUGGCUUUGGAUCAGUUCCAUACUAAGGAUCGUCCAAACCGAAAGCAGCACUUUUAUCUCAACCACGUGGAGUUACAGAACUCGGGUUUCACAGGAACACAAGCCAAAUCUCCACUGGAAGUCAUUGUGCAGGCCCGACAGCUAGACAUCAUCAUACACCCUGUUAUCCAGAAAUUAAUUGAAGUAAAGUGGAAGUUUUUUGGCAGAAAGCAUAUCGCUAUUGCGCUGUCACUGAAUCUUCUAUUCAUCUUAUCAUGGACGGCACUGGGGAUUGCUUCUUCGCUGCCGAGAACAGAGGAUGCCCCUUACAAGUUUCCAGAGGACAUUUGGAGACUUAUCCUCAUUGUUAUUGCACUGGGCUUAAUGAUUUAUCAGAUUGUGGAAGAAUUUAAGGAAAUCUUUCAAUCUGGGAAAAAACUGAAGCUCUGGAAAGAAUGGAGGAUGAAGGAAUUGGAGAAAGACCUCAGAUAUUGUCAUCCAAUGUGGCCAGAGGAAAAAGAAUACUUGCAGAAAAGUGUGGAGGAUCUGGAGAGUAACCAGCUAUCGUAUUUUAAAGAUUUCUGGAAUGUCUUUGAUUGGAUUGUGUACUUUCUGCUCAGCGCUGUGAUCCUCACUCAUAUAGCUGAUCUGAUUGUCCAGAACAACACGGCCCUACAUGUAUCUCACAUCCGAGUCUUUUCCGUCACCAUUAUAUUCCUUUGGCUGAGAGUGAUGAAGCAUGCAAGAGCCAUACGCCUUCUUGGUCCUUUCAUUGUGAUGCUUGGAAAGAUUGUGCAUGACUUACUCAAAUUCCUCUUUCUCUAUGGAGAAUUUUACAUCCCCUACGCCUGUGCCUUCUGGAUCAUCUAUGGAGGCCUCGUAGAGAAUAUGGCCAGCGUACCUCAGAUGAUGUUCACCAUCUUCCGCAUCACACUAGUGGAUGAUUAUAACUUCCCAGACAUGUAUAGAGUUGACCCUGUCAUGGCCUAUAUUUUGUGUGGCACGUUCCUUGGAAUCUCGUCCAUCCUUUGUAUCAACCUGCUUAUUGCCUUGCUUGCGGAUUCCUUCCAAAGGGUCUAUGAUAAUGCCGCUGCAAAUGCCGUAAUGCAACAAGCAACUGCACUGCUGCAGAUGGAAGAGAACCUCAGCAAAAAGAGCAAAGCCAAGCUAGAAAUGUACAUCCAAACCAACUGUGCUCCAUUGUCCCUCUUUUACGACGAUGACCUCACCAUAAACCAGGAUAACGAUCUGAAGAAAGUCACCAUUCAGAUUAAGGAAGAACUAGGGGAACUGAUGCAGAUAGUCAAAGAGAGGAAGCUGAAGAGCGAAUUAUCCAGCAUGCAGAAAAAGAGAUGUAACCAUGGAAACACGAAAUCCGGCCCGAAACCUCAACAGACCAAUAGCCUGCAGAGGCUUCAGCCACAGAGUUCAGAGAGUUCACAGUCAUUAUCCAUGUUGAUGGCAAGUCAGCAGGAACAGAGGGAAGCUCUCCAGCAGAUGAACCAGAGGCUGGAGUCUCUGGAAAGGAUGAUUCGUCUCAGCCUGCUGGCUAAUGCUCCACCAGUCCAGGCAUACCCUAUCCUGAAAGAGAGCAGCAAGGCCUACUGCUAUAUUUCAUUUUACACUUUGCUAUCUGCAAGGAUCUACCAGGAAAACCAAGCAACAACAUUUUACCCAUCAACAAGGCAGUAUGACGAUGAUUCAGAACCUCGUGUGAUAGUGGAUAUUAUUGACCGGACAAGAGAUGCGCCAUCCUAA